AUGGAAGAAACGUUAAACUUGGAUCAAAUUUUCUAUAGAUGCGAGAAAGGUUUCAUUACCACCGUCAGAUUUUUGGAUCAGAAACGUAAGAAAAAUAAGGAAUCGAAAAGUGAACAUUUUCUUGCAGAAUUUAGCAUCCAAGUUGUCAUCUGGUUUAACAAAUACGAAAGUGCUUCCCAACAAACAACUUUACAUGUAGGAGGGGAUUCUGAUGAGUCUUGUGAAGAUCAAUCCACCUCUUCAAUUCCUUCUCAACCAUUAAAGAAGAAACGAGGAAAAAUUUCUCAAAAUGCGUGUAAUAAAUGUAAACGUGAUAAGAAAAAGUGUGAUGGAAAUUAUGCAACACAAUCAUCUUGUACUUAUUGCCUUGAUCAUAAUGAAAAAUGUAUUUAUCCAGAACCUGGAAGGAGACGACCAAGGAUCAAUACAGAUUUAAUUGAUUAUCAAUCACGUGGUGAAUUCAUAGAAAGUACUUUGGUGAAUUUGACAAGAUUCAUUGCAAACUUAUCAAAUCUUAACCAAGUUAGUAAUACGUUAAGAGAUCAUUUUUUUCAAUUGUUUGUACAUCCUUUGACCACAAUAGAACAAUUUUUAUUAUUGAGAAGAUUAUGGAAUGAAAUUAAUGAUAAUCCUAAUGACAAUCGAUUUAACGUUGAAAAUUUACAAUCAAUUUUAUUGGUUUUGACAAUCCUUAUCCAAAAUCGAGAAGAAUCUGUCCAGCAACAUUUCUGGGAACACGUCCGACAGAUUGUUGAUAACGUUAUAGGGGAUGUUCAAAACAUGACCCCUCCUUCCACUUCCUCCACUUCCUCACUUGCCAUUCAACCUUCCAUUUUUCCACAUAACAUUCCUGAAAGUUCUGAUGUUUUGCCACCAGAUUUUUUGCAAAUGAAUUAUACAACGGUUCAAUAUGAUAAUAAUGAUCCGGGUAACUUUCAACAUCAUUCCACGAGUCAAUUAGAUAAGUUCUUCACUCCUUUAGUAGAUAACGUUGAAUACGUUGACGACGAUCCACGACAGUCGGUGCAAAAUUCUUCAACGCAGCAGGACCAAGAAAUCGCAAAACCUUCACAAAUUAUUCAAAAAACUCAAGUAUCGGAACCAAAACUAAAAAAACAAAAGACAGAAAUUCCCACGAAAACUCGGGAAAAGAAAAGAAAAGCGUCACGGAUUGAAUCCAACAAACAACGUAAAUGUUCUUCUAAACAAGCUACGUACUUAAAUCACGUGCAUAUUAUGCACAGACCGGUUAAACCUGAAUCAAAAACUAGCCUGGUUUUUCAUAAGGAGGAUCCAAUUGAUAAUUCCAUCAUUACACCAAAUUUAUUUGAAAAUCGACAAAAUACUUUACGUCCCGAAAACCAAUAUACGCCCAUUCCACAAUAUCAAAGACAACAACAUCAGGACAUGUUGAAUUUAUCUUAUGAACAUUGGAAUAACGCUGGUUUAUUUGCAAAUCAGCAAAUCUCUCAAUCAACAACUCCACAACAAUCUUUAACACGUGAACAAUCUCCACAGAAUGAAAAUCCUCUUCCUCUUUUUAACAAUUUGAAUCCACCUGAACAACUAUCUUAUUUCCUUAAUCCCAGAGUAAAUAACGUUAUUGAAGAUCAUAAUCAUCAUACAGACUCAGUUGAUAUCAAUUUAAUUUUAGCCAUGAGUGGUCACCUUGAAGAACAAUAA